UUAAGACAUAUUGUUGCUCAGAGUGGAAUUGCAGUCAUAGAUUGCUCAUGGGCAAAACUUGAAGAAGCUCCCUUUAAGAGAAUGAAAGGAAAUCAUCUACGGCUCCUACCUUACCUGGUGGCUGCAAAUCCUGUAAACUAUGGCCGGCCAUGCAAGCUGUCAUGUGUGGAAGCUUUUGCUGCUACUUUUUGUAUCGUUGGAUUUCCAGACCUAGCCACCAUUCUUCUAAGGAAAUUUAAAUGGGGGAAGACAUUUAUUGAUUUGAACAAAAAUCUUUUGGAAAAGUAUGCAACCUGCCAUUGCCAAGAAGAUGUGCUAAGAGUUGAAAAGGAAUAUUUAGCCAGUGUCCAAGAAAUAGAAGAAGAAGAAAUAGAUCCAUUUGAUGUUGACUCAGGAAAAGAAUUUUCUAAUCCUAAUAGACCAGUCAAGGUCCCAGGAAUAGCACAAAGUGAUGAAGAAUCUGAGGACAGUCCACUGAGCGAUGCAGAUGAUGACGACACUGAGACCAAUGAUGAGAACAGUCCCGAGGAAGAUGGCACUGACAAGUUGCUGCACCAAGAACUAAGAAACCAACUCUUGGAAAAAUAA